GUGAGAUAAGGACGAACGGACAAACGGACUGACGGAAUCAAAAGGUGGGAUUCAGUCUUGCGGCCACGUGCUACACGAGCGCACGCCCCGCACACGUACCGGCCGGCUCACUGGUCCGGAAUCUCUUCCGUUUCCUCUUUUUUUUUCUCCUUUUUUUCCCCAUUUAUUUAUCUGCCAACAAUUUCGCAUCUUUGGAAAUCUUCCAUCAUCAACAUCAUCAUCAUCAUCAUUAUCAUCAUCAACGGAGAUAAUUGAUGAUUAUCUUUAAUUUGUAACUCUCUGUGUUCCAAGGAUUUUAGAAAAAGAAUUAUUUUUGUGAAAUGAACAGUUGUUUUCCUAGGUUUUUAAGUGAUAUAUAUAUUAGAAGUGAAUUUUUAGGAUUUAGUCAGUGGACAAGUUUAUCAUUUAAUGAUAUAAUUGGAAUUGUUUUCGGAAAUAUUGUUUUUUUUCUAUUUGGUUCAAUUAUAAUUCAAUUAUAAUUCAACUACAAUUGAUUAUUAUAGAAUAUAAUUGAAUAGUUCAAUUAUAGUUGAUGAUUUAAGGAGAAAGGGAAGAAGAAGGAAAAGUGUAACUUGGUGUUGAUUCAGUGAACAUGAUGGAUUAUUGAUACACUUUUGAAUUGAGCGAAUAAGGAAACGAAUGAUUAUUAUCAACGAGGAUGUAAGUGUAUAUUGCACGAAAAAGAGAAAAGACAAGAGGGAAAAGAUAGCGGGAGUGAAAUUUUUUGGUGGAUUGAGAAAAAUGAAGGAGAUUCUGUGGAAGAUGAGAAGUCAACGAAGAGAGAGAAAAAUGUUGACACAAAGUAAAUAAACGAGAUCGGAUGGACGUGGGCGAAUUGUCGAACGUGGCUGGAUUGGCUGGAACUGGCAACCACUGUUCACCAGGAGUUGGCACUACAGGUUGGUGGACCUCUUCUCCAACAAUUGCAACGACCCCGGCCAAUACUGACGUACAGAUGAAUCAACUCUGCAGGGUUUGCGGAGAACCGGCUGCCGGCUUCCAUUUUGGUGCUUUUACCUGCGAGGGAUGUAAGUCCUUCUUUGGAAGAACCUACAACAACUUGAGCAGCAUAUCAGAAUGCAAAAACGGAGGCGUCUGUGUGAUAAACAAAAAAAAUCGCACAGCCUGCAAGGCAUGCCGUCUAAGAAAAUGUCUAAUGGUAGGAAUGUCAAAAUCAGGAUCACGUUACGGUCGACGUUCAAAUUGGUUCAAAAUCCAUUGCCUCCUACAGGAGCAAGCACAUCAGCCACUCUCACGUUUCAAGGAUCAAAAAGCCCUCUACGAGAAGCCCUUCUCCUCACUAGACGCCGCCAAUAAUAAUAACAAUAACAACAAUAACACAACAACAGCACCCAAUAAUAGUCAAAUAGUAAAUAAUUUCCCCGAGAGAAUGACAAAACGCGAAGAGGUCAGUGCAUUGAGGCCACAGGACGUGUCGUCUCAUCGUCAAACGGACCAAAUUCCCAGACCACAGGAGAUGCUGAGGCCACCGGCCGACCUUGUGAGACCUCACGAAUUACUGAGGCCGGAAGCAGCAAGAUUUCCAAUGUGGCGCGGUCCACCAUUGUUUCAUCCGGCUUUCAAUCACAUGCAAUUAUUGAACACACCCUUCUUCUUUCAACAGCGAUUCAUUGUGCCCUAUGUGAAUCAAGUGGGUGCGGCACAGGCUGCCGCUAGUUUAUCGAGUUCAUCCAGUGACAGCAUUAGUUCGCGAACGACUCCAUCGCCCAAGGAGCAGGAUGAGGAGGAUGAGGAGGAAGAGGAGGAGGAGGAGGAUGAGACGAGAAACAAUGAUAAUCAAGAGGCGGAUAAUGGUGACACUGGUGGUGGUCGACAAUUGGAAAUCUCCUACGAUAAGAGUAUUGCAUUCCUUCGAUCAUUAGGUCCCGAGCAAGAGGAGCCAAUUGAUUUGAGCCUCAAGAAUCAUCCGCAGGAUUUGAAGACGCAAAUUAUUCUCAAGGAUGAGGAGGACAGAUCGUCGGAAAGUGAGGAUAAUGAUAUGGACCUAGAUCCUGAAACUGGUCCACCUCUGGAUCUAACACGAAAAACUUGACCUUGAAAAUAGCGUCAAAUUUCCCCCCCCCCCUCACAAUUCUUUGUAGUUGAAUCUCUUCUGUGAAGUGCCUUAAAGAAAAUCUCCGUUUGGAACUUUAUAUGAACCUUUCCUUAUUUAUAAAAUUAAAUCAUUAAAAUUUCUCUUAUCGUGAAGAGAUGCUUCUUUUUUGGAAAAUGAAUCGACACUGUUUAACUUAAAAGUAUCAAAUUGCAACCAACUGAUCCAAAAAUGUGGAUUAAAUCAAAAAUUGAGACAAAUUUUUGUCAUCAAAUUAAAAAUUGAUCCAAAUUCUUGGCAUCAUAUCAAAAAUUGAUCCAAAUUUUUGGCAUCAAAUCAAAACUUGAUCCAAAUUCUUGGCAUCAAAUCAAAAAUUGAUCCAAAUUUUUGGCAUCUAAUUAAAAAUUGAUCCAAAUCUUUGGCAUCAAAUAAAAAAUUAAUCCAAAUUUUUCGUCAUCAAUUUGAUUCAUUUCAGUAUCAAUUUGACACUUUCAAGAAAACUGUGGAAACAUGACAAUUUUUUUUUUAUUUUUCUUCUUCUUUUUUUGUUCUUCAUUCAAAAAUCGGUGUGAUGCGACCGAAGAAAAUUGCUCAAUUCUCUAUUUGAACAAUUGUGCGCGAAAAAUAACGCCUGCAAUUAUGAACAGUGCCUUUUUUGAAAAAAAGUUACAUAUACCUUUUAGUGCCAGUAAAAAAAAAAUGCCGUGAUUCUUUCGUGAACACAGCUUGCGAGUAUUUUAUAUACACUUAUAUUUCGAUAGGAAAAAGUGAAAUUAUAUUAAAAAUUUAAAAAAAAAGACUCGAAAAUAGUGUAAAUAUUUAUAUAUAAACAUAUAUAGAAUAUACGCUGAUGAUGCGAUUUGUCAGUAAAAAAAAAACCCAAGGCCAGUCUUGCAAUAAUUUUUUGCCUAUUUACAUUAUUUCUUUUUUUGUUUUUUUUUCUUUUAUGAAGUUGACAAAACGUUCAAUGGAGGUCUUAUCGUAUUUUUGUGAAAUUCAUUGAUUUUUUUCAAAAAAGAAUCAGAAUUUUUUCUAUAUCUAUAUAGUCAAAAAAUUGGAGAAUCAAAAAUACGAAUAUAUUUUUGUGAUGUUUGGUUUUUGUAAAAUAAACUAUUUUUCUACUUCUUUGUAUAAUAAUGUAGAGAAAUUUGCUUGUAAAACGAUGAAGAAAAAAUAUAUUUUUUUAAUUUCAAUAAAUCUGUAUAAUUUUGAGAAAAUUUGAACAGAUUUCAAUUUUUAUACAGUGAAUAUUAAAAAAUUUUCUGUGUAAUUUUCAAUGCCAAUACUUGAUUUUCGAGAAAAUAAAUUAACACUUUUCUAAAAUAAUUUUUUUCUUCAUUUUUAAAAAAUCUUUUGAGACUUCUUUUAUUUUUAUUUUAUUCUAUUUUUUACUUUUUUGAAAACCCA